GUGCCCCUGGACCCGACGGCGUAUCGCGAGCGCGUGACGCAGAUCAUGUUUCAGACUCUCAACGUGCUGGCGGUGAAGGUCGCGAUCCAGGCAGAGCUCUCGUUGUACGCUUCUGGCCGCACGACUGGGCUGGUCAUGGAUUUCGGCUAUUGCGGCUACGCGCUGUCGCAUGCGAUCCUGCGCCUGGACCUGGCGGGGCGGUACCCUACGAAGCACUUGAUGAAAAUCCUCACCCAGCGUGGCUACUCCUGCACCACCACGACUGCGCGAAAGAUCGUGCGCGACGUCAAGAAAAUGCUCUGCUACAUCCCGCUUGACUUAGACACCGAGAGGAAGGUCACGACAGAGAGCUCCGACAAGGAGAAUACGUUCGAGCUCCCCGACGGACACAUAACCGUGGGCAGCGAGCGCUUCCAUUGCCCAGGGGUGGCCUUCCAUCCUAGGUUUGUGAGUGAGUCUGAGUGCGAAUGAGGCUGAGUGUGAGUGAGUCUGAGUGUGAACGAGUCUGGGCUUGCGUGAGUCUGAGUAUACUUGGGACUGGGUAUGCGUGACUGAGUGUAGGUGCGUCUGAGUG